UUCCGGCCAUCGCUCGCGCGGAAACUACAAGUCCCGGCAGCCCUUGCGGGGACGGCUGCUUUUUUUUUUUCCCAUCCCCCCUUCCGGCCCCCUCUUCUGCGGCGCUGGGCUCCGCGGGUCCCAGAAGACGCGCCGCCGGACCCGUCUCGCUCCGGGCAUCGUGGCUGCGCCAGGCGGGGGUCUGCCCAGAAGCCCCCCGAGGAGGAGAGGCUGCAGCUCCCCCCACUGCCCAGAAGGGAGGAUUGUCAGAACCCCCUCCCUCCCAAUUGUGUCACUCUCCCGGUGGGCGUCCGGCAAUCCUGGACUCGCCCCCAGCGGGUGGGACUUGGAUGGACACCUCGGAGACCAACAGCGCGACGGAGGAGGAGGAGGAAAUGGCCUCCGAGCAGCGACCCAGGACCCGGUCCAACCCAGAGGGGGCUGAGGACCGCACCCUCAGCCUGCAGGCCAGCGUGGGGAGUCGAAGCGAAGGGGAGGGGGAGGCGGCCAGCACCACCACCAGCCCCCCCAGCUCUGCCGUCCAGGCCCCCAACGGCAAGACCUGGCUGGCCCCGGCCCCUCCCGCCGAGUUCCAGGUCCGGACGCCGCGGGUGAACUGCCCGGAGAAAGUGAUCAUCUGUCUGGAUCUCUCGGAGGAAAUGUCCCACCCCAGGCUGGAAUCCUUCAACGGGCUGAAGACCAACGCCCUCAACAUAUCCCAGAAGAUGAUCGAGAUGUUUGUCCGCACCAAACACAAGAUUGACAAGAGCCACGAGUUUGCGCUGGUGGUGGUGAACAACGACGUCACAUGGCUCUCCGGCUUUACGUCCGAACCCCGGGAAGUCUGCAGCUGCUUGUACGACCUGAAGACCGUCCUCUGCAAAUCCUUCAAUCUGGAGGGCCUGUUCAACCUGAUACAGCAGAAGACGGAGCUCCCGGUCACGGAGAACGUCCAGAGCAUCCCUCCACCUUACGUGGUCAGGACCAUCUUGGUCUACAGCCGCCCGGCUUGCCAGCCCCCCGCCGUGCUGACCGAGCAGAUGAAGAAAAUGCUGCACUGCCCUUACUUCUUCUUUGACGUGCUCUACAUCCACAAUGGUCUGGAGGACAAGGAGGAGGAGACCGCCUGGAAGGAGACCUUCGCCUUCUUCAGCAACCUGGACGCCAAGGGCACCAACUACAAAUACGAGGUCUCCCUGAGCGGGCCGGCCGUGGAGCUGCACAACUGCAUGGCCAAGCUGCUGGCCCACCCCCUCCAGCGGCCCUUCCAGGCCCACGCUUCCUACAGCAUGCUGGAGGACGAGGAGGGGGCGCCCGAGAUUGAGGCCGUGGUGUGACCCUCCGGAUUGGGGGGGAGCCGGCUGGGGGGGGGGGGCGAAGCAGGGAGACGGACCCCCGAGAUGGGGGGAGCAGCCAGGUCCUUGUUGGCCAGCGAGAGGGCUCUGAGGAAGAUACACACACAUACACACACACACGCACACACCGGGUGAGGUCCUCUGUUUUCUUUGUAACCUUCCUGGCCAGGGGGUUGGGAAUCCCCCCCCCCAAAAGAUGAAAGGAGACCCCUUUCACUGGAAACUGCUUCUUGGGGAAUUAAAGGCCUUGGGGUGGGGAGGUCGAAGGUCAGUUGAUUAAAAAAUGUGAUUUAACCUUCCUGCGAGUCGGGUCUGUUUCCCCUUGAGGGAACCCCGUGUUGCUCAGCUGAAUUCCAGUACAGUUUGCAAAAUCUU